AUGGUAAAGCAGAUCAAGAGCGAGUAUGCUUUUCAGGAAGCCUUGAACAGUGCAGGGGAUAAACUUGUAGUAGUUGACUUCUCAGCCACGUGGUGCGGGACUUGCAAAAUGAUCAAGCCUUCCUUUCAUUCCCUGUCUGAGAAGUAUUCCAACGUGGUGUUCCUUGAAGUAGACGUGGAUGACUGUCAGGAUGUUAUAUCAGAGUGUGAAGUCAAAUGCAUGCUGACCUUCCAGUUUUUUAAAAACGGACAGAAGGUGGGUGAAUUUUCUGGAGCUAAUAAGGAAAAACUUGAAGCCACCAUAAAUGAAUUAAUCUAAUUAUGUUUUCUGAAAAUAUAACCAG